CUCAGUUGAGCUCCGCUUCCCCGACGAAGUGUAUAGUGAUAUUCACUGACGGCUGGUCCGUCGAAAGCUAGUUGUUAUUUAGACUAUACAUUAUAUUUUUUCUUGUUUCUAUGUGUUAGCUUUUAUACACUACAUGAUCAGAAUGGGUCCGAGUCCCGUGGAAGAGCUGGUUCUCCUCGAUAUGGAUAGAUCUAAUAAAGGUGCUUCAAAACAGCGCCGAGACCAGAUAAAUUCUGAGAUCGGCACUAUGCGAGACUUGCUACCCCUGCCCGAGUCGGCCCGACAGCGCUUGUCCCAACUACAAAUCAUGUCACUCAGCUGCGUCUACAUCAGGAAGUGCAACGUUUUACACAGACUGUUUCGAUCGACAAAACUAAACAAGGAUUUACCUAACUUGUGCGAUUUCUUCCAGGCUAUGUCUGGCUUCAUGCUGGUCACCACCAGAGAAGGGAAGCUGGUUUUCAUAUCCGAAAAUGUUACCGAUUAUCUUGGCCAUUCUAUGGUUGACAUGAAGACACAAGGGGACAGUGUGUACGACAUCGUGGACAAGCGCGACCACGGCACGGUUCAGGCGCAGCUCAUGCAGGGCGGGGCGGAAGUUGACGUGACGCGGGAUGUCGCCUUCUUCUGCCGAAUGAACAUGUCCAGGAGCCUGAAACGACAGGCGGGAUUCGGGGACGUCAAGGUGAUGUACGUAAAAGGUCAUUUCGCGGUUGCACCUGAACAGGACUCGUCCACUGACACUCAGUAUGUGUUCAUGGCGAUCUGCUGCCCGCUGAUUACCCCUGAUCUGAAGGAGAACCUAAUCCACAACAACACCAUGGUGUACAAGACCAUCCACAAGCUCGACAUGACCUUCCUCGAGGUCACCCAUGCAGCUGAACAUCACCUGGGUCGCAGUAAUGAUGAACUAUUUCGGCAAUCAUGGUAUAGCAUGCUUCACCCAUUGGACAUUAACGAGGCUCGUGAAAAACACAUGCUCUUAAUUAGAUCGAACCACGAAAUGGGGUGCAUGGUCAUAGUUCGUAUGCUCCGAAACGACAACUCUGUGUUCUGGGUGAAUCUCGUGAUGCAUGUCAAACAGGCUUUGGUUGCAAACACUGACGAACCCGUGAUCGUCUGCAUCAAUCAAGUCAUCAGUGAACAAGAAGCGUAUCAGCUAAAACUUCAAAGCCAGAUGUUUAACUUCUACCCUACACGAGGAGCAGAACUGUGGACGCAACCAUUAGCCUGCCCGAACAUGUCACAGGAUUUGGGAACACGAUGGCUGCAGCCAUCUAAUGGCUUUCAGCUGCCGGCUCGACUUCGAAAUUCACAAAAUAAUCCUCAAGGGAUCCAAGUCAGAGGACAGAGCGACAACCUUCUGUCUUUUUCUGAACCAGUGCUUAGACGAGGUGAACACAUUUCAAGUGGGUCGUCGUGUCAGACGAAGGAAAAGCUGAAGAGGAAAAUCCAAGGCCCAUGCAGCCCAGCAAAGAUGCCCAGACUGUCUCUCAGUGAUCAUGGUGGCAAUUUCGGUUUCGCUUCUUCCAGCAAUGACAGCAUGAUCACCAACUUGGACAGUUUCAGCAGCAACUCUUUCCCAACACAAUCGGCAGGGUCUGUUAACUGGUCAGAAACACAAGUCCUCACCCAGGGCUACUACGGCAUGCCCACGACCUCUCUUCAGAAAGGUAUGAUGAUCGACCACUCACUGAGUCCUUCGAGUUUCAUGCACCACUCCCAGCAGGAGCAGGUUGUUCCAGACAUGAGUGCUCUGCCAGAGUCUUACCUGACACCUGACCCAUCACCAGUGUCUUCGCCAGAUCCCCACUACAAGACACGGACAACCGACUGCAUUAAAACGAUCAAAUCGGGAUGUCCGGCCGAUUCCAUCCUCGAAGAACUGACCAAGCUUGCUAACACGCAACAGCUGUGUCAAGUGAAGACGGAAACUGAACCAUAUUUGCCACCUUUCAAACCACAAAAGAAAAUCCUCCCGGAAAUAACUGCCACAGAUAUUGAGCAUUUCUUCGACUUGCUGGUUGAAGGUGAACCAGACAACAGAGAUGUCUGCAUGGUCGAUGAUCAGAGUAAACCGAUGGUCGUAUGCAAAUCGGAACCGAUCACCAUUCCUCCAAACUCAUGCAGAAACAAACAGAAUCUGCCUGUCAUCGACACUUUUGAACUGGAAGAGUUUUUCUGCAGCUUCAACGAAGAUGGUCUUGAAACAACACUCCUGUCACAACCGACCACGUGUCCUCCAAUUCAGAACAGCCUAGAUCAGCCGGCUCUGAUCAAAGGUGGUUCUGGAUUGCACGGCGGAGCACCACGGUUGACGCAGGACUACCUUGGACAAGACUACUCCCCUCAGUCGAUGACUUCUUCCGAUUACUCAGACGAAAACGAUGACUUCCUGGAAGACAUCACGAUGGAUCCAAUCCAACUGAUGACGGCUACGACUGAUGAUUUCUUCACACCCAGCACGACUCCCAGCAGCAACGUUGUCGCCCAGGAGGUGGAUGAGUUGUACCAGCUCCAGAAGCUGCUCUCGUCACUGACGCCUGUCACAGGUGUCCCGUCUAUUACAGAAGAAACCCAGUAGGACCAGUGUGUAAGCGUCUCUUACAAAUUUUCUUAUGUAUGGCAUAUUGCCAUGUGUCUACCCAUUAAGGGACAGUAAAGGUCUCGGGUAGCUGCCGCUGGUCGGCCAUAUUGGACACAUCCCGCAGGACGGGCAAAGAAUCGUCUGCUGCAGGUCAGCCAUAUUUAUUACAAAGACUGUUGAUGCCGUGUGAGUCAUCAUGGAAUGGCAUUACAACAAUACCGACGUGCGCUUCUUACAGUGUUGAAAACAAACUCUCUAUCUUUUGGAGACUGUUAACUGUGUGGAUCACAGGGACAAUUUGCUGUAUAGACAGACUUUAUAUUAUAUAAUGUUGUUUUUCUACUGUUCUGUGCCUUGCUUUUCCAGCAUGACGCUGGUGGACAGCUGGUCAGUUAUCUAUCGAUUGGUGUGUUUUUUAUACGAGUCUUGUUUUUUGUUUUUUUAAUUUACGUUGAGCGUAAAUAGCGUGCAGCGGAAGCCGUUUGCACUGUUGUAUAAUAUUUUGUUACGUAUUUCUAAUCAUCAUUUUUCAUUAAUUUGCUACACAGUCUCAAAAUAUCACAGUGUUACCAUUUCGUUCACCUCAUAUGCUUAGACAAACACAAAACGUCUUUUGAUCCGUCGCUGGACGACAAAUCUACUUUGCUUAUGUUUGUCUUUGAAAUGACAUGUUUUGAUUUUGGUGACGUGUUUUAAUAACAUUUAAUGCAUGCAAAUUAUACUGGCUUAUAAACUUGCUGCGUUCAUGUGGCAUAUUCAUUAAUAAUAAUUUAAGUAGGGUUUUUGCGGAAAGCAAAAGUAAUAUUGUAUUAGUGUAUUCUUAAGAUUUUUAAAAAGGGUGUUAACUGUUUGGCACAGUUUAGUGGUUUUGCUGAAAACAAACUCAUCGUAUGAAACCUACGGUGAAUUCCAUUCAGCUAUCAGGAAUAUAAUCUACAAUCUACACUAGCUUUAAUAAUGAAUGCAAGCUUGUGGUCGACAUCUGUUUUAGAACUUCCAGUAAGGAAACUGACGAAAUGUAAAUACGGCUGGCUCGUGUUAUUUCGGAAGGUGCCUCCGAGCUUGGAAGACAAUAAACCCAGAUAUUGGCCGUGUGCUUGCAAUCCUGAAAUAAUGAUCUUUUUGUAGAUUGUACAAUAAUGUUGUUCAUCUCAAGAAUACACUUUUACUUUGAUGUAAAAAUAUCCUCACAUCAUAUAUCUGUUUUCAUCUUAGCUAGUUUCACUUAUUACCUUUUUUUUUUGUUCAGUCAGUUUAUAAACAGGUUUUAAAGCUGGUCUUUGAAUCUCGUGCGUUUACUACUGAAUUGUUUUCUUGUUGGGGCGGUUUUCUCUCAGUUUAGAGAGCUUACUGCUCCCAAUACUCAGGAUUCAUUUGUUUGUUUGCACAUACAUUUAAGUGCUUCGUUGAUCCAAAGUGCUAUUUAUAUAUGCCUCGAUUAACUUAUCUCUGGUAUCAUUUGAUCAUUUAACAUACAGUAGACCUGUAAAAUGAUGUUUUGUUUGCACCCAUUUGAUAUUAAAUGUAUUAUACUAGUUAAAAGAAAACUACAUUUCCUCUGGAGGAUUUAAUGCAUUUCAUAUUAAUUGUAGUGUGAUAUUGGCCUUAUUUUCGUCAUUUUCUGCAUGUGUCAUCCCUCUAUAAGGCAAUUAAUUUUAAUUAAUCAUCGAGUAUCAUAUUUGGAUUGAUGCCUUCAACCACGAAGCUGGCUUUGUGUUGUUAUCAUUGAUUGUUCAAUCUUUGAGCUUCAAUAAAUAAUUUUAAUAUACAUAUAUAUAUAUA